AUGGCCCAUAAUAGAAGCCUUUUUCUUGAAGGUAAGCUGCGACACUCCGCUGUCCUCCGCCGGCCUGUCAGCAGCCAUUUUACCCCCACACAGAGCUCGGAUUCCCGCUGGUCGAGGCAGAUUCUGGGUCCGCUGCUGUCACUAAAAAGGUCCAGAAAUAUGUGUGCAUCCAGGGGCUAAGUGGCUAACACUGGCCUCUGAAGGCUGCAUUGCUGUUGUAGGUGAAAACCCCGAUAUGAGCGCUGCCAGGCCGGUGACAGCGCCACACCUUCGGGCCUGGGUGGAGAAUAUGUCACCCCGGCUGGAAGCGGCUCGGUUCGGUUAAUUUUAAAGCUCCAGCCCGGCUAGCAAGUCAGAGCUAGCCGUGUUAGCGCUGCCGUUAGCUGGGUCUACAAUGUGCCAGCUGAACGUAGAGAUGGGCCUCUCUGCCUGAGCUGAGAUGUUAGCUGCUUUUUAACGUUUACACAACACUUUAAAAACCCAAAAAUACAAAAUUAAGAGUUUUUCCUCAAAUUUAUUAUCUGCUGAAAUCUUAAAGCUAGUCUGCUAAUAAUCCAGCUAACAGGCUAAGAUAAAAGUCUGAGUGUGUAAACAGUCCUGAUCCCAGAGGUCCAUGCUGAGACAUACCGGUCCCCCCUUUAUUAUUAGAUUAUAGCUUCUGUCUGAGGGGGUACAUACUACCAGUACACAAAUAAAUAAGAUAACAACAUUAAGACUGACCCAAAACUGUAAAGUAUUUUGUUAAAAAAUAAGAGGAUAUUCAAUCUGGGAUUUAAAAUAUCCAAGGGCUCAUUCAAAUUCAGACCAGACAUUUUUCUCAGGUUUUACUCCUUAGUGGCCCAGAUUUUUCUAAAACAAUGAGCCAUUUAGCUUUAUUUUUUGAACAUCAUGAAACAAAAAAAAUGUGUCUUGUUUUAGAUCUUUGGAAAGAUGGAUUUUGACUUGCAUCUGAGAGCCAGAGACAAGAGGUUAGAUAGUAUUGACAAGGAUUUUUGGUCACUUCAUGGGGUCAUACUACCUGAAUAAACCACAAGGAGUAAAACAUUAGUUGAAAUAUCAACCUGAGAGGAACUUAUCUGGAAAGACUCCUCAAAUUUCUACAAAUUUUCUAUGGGAAACUUAUUGGAUAUAUAUUUUCAGUUGAAAUAGCUGCUGUACAUGAAAGUUUUGAGAUCCUCUGCUAGGGAUGGUAAUCGAGAUCUGGUUCUUGUUGAGAACCAAUUCCAAAAUGGUUCAAUCCAUAAACAUUGUUUACAUUUUCAUUUUAAUGAGCUUUGGAAAACGGUCUUGUGAGAGGCAGUGUACGCGAACGAGAACAGAGACUUUAAGGAAAAAAACAUGCCGGAUGGUACAGAUUGGACAGAAACAGUCUAAAGCGUGGCUUAAUUUUACUAAGAAAGACGACAAAGAGUUUUGUAUGGAAGUUUUGAGUUUGUGUGGCGUGGACUGAGUUAUAAAACACUCAACCCAACCAGAAAAACCCUCAAAAUUUUGCGCAUGACUCCACCCCACAUAGUCAUGUCCUCUUUUUGGGGCUCCAGAGUAUGGUCACCCUAAUUUGACUUAAUACCGAUCAAGUAAAUGUUGUACAAAUAGUUUGUCGUUUGAUUAUUUUUAGACUCUCACCAAAUGUGGCAUACAUCUGUUUCUGUUAUCAAAGACUCAAUAAAAUUUGAGUUAUCAUUGAAAACCUAUAGUCUACUUUUUUUUUUUCAAAUAAAAGAAAGACAUUGAUAAGAGAAUUGAAUUGAUAAGCAAAUCCUUAAUGGCAACGAUAGCAAUAAAAUCCUAUCAAUUCCUAUCUUUAUCCUCUGCUAAUUUUAAAGUUAAUAUUUUAGGUUCAGCACAGCCAGCCCAGAUUCCAACCUGACCAAAAUAAAGAUGAAAUAGUUGCAAGGGGCUAGAAAUAUGGUGUUAAGAUGUUGUUUGCAUAGCUGCUGAAAAUAUCAGAAAGUUCAUAGCUCAAGGAGGACUUUCAGGCUCAUGCACAGGCUACCUGUUUUCAUGAGAAAACCAGACAUUUUUGUAGCAGAAUUCCCUCCGUUUGAUAAAAUAAAGGAGGCAAUUGACAGAAAAGGUGCUCUACCAUUUAUUGUCUUUACUGCUCAAUUAAAUAAUCUCCUCCAAAUGUCAAAAAGCAGCAAAAGAAAUAAUUUCAUAUUGCAUAUUUAGUCACACCAACCAAAGGAUUGCAUCAGGACUCUGUAGUGAUAUCAGUGCAUGUUUAUUCGAGAGAUAAGUUGCUCUCACUUGGAGGGUUGACGACAGUUCUGAGUGACAACAAGCUGCUCGGAUCUGAACAUCAUGUGAGAGUCAAAGCUCUCUUUCAGCUCCACCAGCAGCACUCUCCCUUCAGCCUGCUGGAUAAAAGAUGUCUGUGUGGUUGUAGCUGUCGUCAGAGGUCCUGUAUCUGUAAGAAAUCUAAAAACAUGUCUCUCUGUGUGUGUAAGCUCCGUAGGGACCUUGAUGCCCCCCUUAUAGACAUUAUCAGGGUGUUUGUCGGGAUAAAUAGAGCACAAAUCCUGCAGGCUGUAGAAUUGACUCUAUACUAACUGGGAAAUAUUACAGACUGCUUUAUUUGGCUCAUGGUGGGUAAAAGCAGAAGGUGAUUUGACUUUAGAUUUUAAAAGCCCUUGAAACGGAUAAUCUGUUGGGCUCCAGUAUUUUACUUAAUGUUCACAUCUUUCUGCAUUUACAGUCCCAUUAAUUCAGCAUCUGCUAAACUACAUCUGCAGCUGCUGGUGGAGAACACAAGCAGGAGAUGAGUUUGGACGGAACAUGACGCAGGUUUUUUAGGACCUGUAUUAAAGAAAAAAAUAACACUGAUUCUCUGAAGCAGAGGGUCAAACUAAUAUUUACCUUCUGGGCUCACAGCCAGAUGGACAACCGAAGUUUCCACUUUGAGUUUGACUUAAUUUGUUUAAAACCACAGCACAUGUAUGAUCUUAAACUGAGGUGAAGAACACGUCAUCUUAAAUAAUAGAGUAUUCAUUAACAAACUGACCCGGCGUGUGGCCAAAGUCUUCUGCUUCUAGAUGCGGCAGGUUUUGCGGGUUAUUAGACCUUGUUUGUUAUUUCUGUUUUCAUAAAUUUCAGUUGAUAAUUACAGGAAAAGGGAAGCCAGGGCGUCAACAACGUCCAGCUGCUGCUCUAACGUUUAUACGUCAACAAGUUAGUAGAUAAGAUUAUUUUUGAUGCUUUUACUGUAAAGUAUUGGCAAGAGGCCCAGGCUUCCUUUCUGCGUGCGAGAUGAAAGAUUUUUUUACCUUCUAACCCUUUGGGGAAGUCUUAACACUAUUACAGAUGCACACACAGCACCAGAUGGCUUUUUGGCAGUUUAAAUUUCAUCUUCAAUCCUUCAGAGAUUCCUGAUGGCUUUCAGGAGAAAUUCAGAGAGGAAUCAUCUUUUUGGUCUCUGUAUAAAAAUACCAUGUGAAAGUUUAUACACGACAUGCAACUGUUUACCACUGACUGAUGCUAACAUUGUGGUUCAGCCAAAGGAAAUACUAAAAUGCGUAGUUAUAAAUAUACACUAGUCUGUGACCAUAGCCUGUGUACUGUAAUAGGCUGAUAUUGGUUCAUCUCAAAUAAUACAAUAUGAUACUGCUCAAUGAAUGGAAAUAAACACACCUAUACAUUCUAAGUCAACACUUGAGUGUUGGCUAGUUGCUGUUAUUAAUCCUUGGUUAUGCUGUAGGGCUGGGCGAUAAACUUUAAUUAAUUUACCGAUACCGAAGUUGACGUCAAUAACCAACGUCAUUUUGCCUGUGUCAAUAUAUUCUGUGUCAGGAAGAUAAAUAAAUAAAAGUUGGUUUUGGAUGUGUGUAGGUAGGCUAUGGUCUCAUGUCCCUUUAAGACACUGUCCUACGUCAGAGACGUGACUCCACCCCAUCCAGUCUGUAACAAAGAGGAAAAAACAGGUGAGGAGAUGGAGGAUGGUUCAAAAGUUGUAUCGGCUGAAGUAGACAAAGUUAAAGUGGGAGGGGGUGAGCAGAAUGUGGAGUAGUUAUCAUCUGUUUAUCGUUAUCAAGGGGAACUGUUCAAUAUAUUGUGAUAUUGAUUUGAGGCCAUAUCGCCCAGUCCUAUUAUGCUGGAUACUUUGAUAUUGCACUCCUGUUCAUUAUUACCUGGAUAUCCUAGAUAUUGCAGUUAGGGCUAUUAAAACUUGAAUGUCCUUGAUAGUGCAGUAGGGGUUAAUUAUACAUGGACAUCUUGGAUAAUGCAGUUAGGAUUAUCAAUACCUAGAUGUCCUUGAAAGUGGGGUUAGGGUUCUCUAUACCUGGAUACCCUGAAUAGUGCACAUAAAGGUGUUAAUACCCUGAUACCCUGGAUAGUGCAGUAACCAUUACUAUUAGUAUCAUAUGAGAUUAAUGUCUCACUCUCUUCAUGCACCACCACUUAUCUGUUGUUAGGAUGCUAAUUGGAUAUUUCUCCUCAUUGAAAUCCCUCUCUGCUCUUCAAAAAUCAAAUAUCCAGCAGGCUUUAUUUAGACACGCUGACUGGCGGUGCAGCGGAGAGAAGCUUUUUACCUGUAACCUAGAUCUUUAUGCUGCUGCCACUCCGAUAUAGUCCAGCCUGUGGCCUCUGUGUAAUGGAGAAAGUAUUGAUUGUAAUCUGUUGCAGACAUGGAGCUCUGGAAAAUUGUCAAAUAUCAGCGGUAGCUGAUCUUUUAUCAACAAAAGUGGUGGAAAAGGUUCUGAAUAACACACGCGUUCAGUAUUUUUAUACCCACUCUCAUCACUCAAAUCUGGAUAUUUGGUUAUGUAAUACUCUGUUUCUGUUUGCAUGGGUGAAAUAUAUUUUCUCAUUUUGAUGCUUCUUUAUUAGCUCAGUGUAUAACUGACAGGUAAAAUGAUGUAAUAUUUUAAUGCUUGUGCAUGUCCAUAUGUGCAGAGUUAGGGUCCCACUUUGCGAAAUGUUUUUUGUGUUGUUGUGUAGUUAAGAUACCAGCCCUGAAACUGUGCAGUCUGCAUGGUGGUCUUGUACUGAUGGUUUAUUAUUCAAUUCAAGCCCUGGAUAGGUCAGAGACCAGGGGAGAUGGAGGCUACAAGCACAGCUGGGGCUUUUCUCACUCUGAUGACAGUGAAGAGGAAAGGAGACAUGAGUAAGCACUUCUCCAGCCCUCGUUUGUUUUCAGCACCACCAUCAGCUGCACUGCAUCACUUUUUCAGCUCACAGCUCCACUGCCUCCACACAGGAAAAGACCCCAGUGACACCUCCUGCUGAUGAGCAGGCUAUUCCCGUCUCUGAUGAUGUACUCGGCAGCCUUUUUAGCUCAGCGAUACAGAGCAGAACCCAGCACUGGCAGAGAACAAUCCUCACCUCUGUUUCUAAAAUCAGGAAGGACAAAUCGCCAGGGUUGGAUCAGUAGAUUAUAAAAUGUAAUAACAUCAAGAAAAAUAACAAAGCUCUCAAAGAAAUGACUUCUGCUGGACUUAUUAAAUUUAUUUCAAGAGGUUUUUGUUUUUUGGAAGGUAGGGCUAAAGCUAGUAUGGAUUUUUCUGGUGACAAAUUUUGUAGUAGAUUUUUCAAGGGAUUUUUAAAUUUGGACUAAUUAACUGUCUAAAACAAACAAAAAAAAUCCCCAUAAAACAGACCUGAAUAUUAACAGACUUCACCAUUCAAUGACAUGAUGCCUUGUCACCUGUUUCCAUCCAGAUAGUAGAGAACUGUAGUAGAAAGGCAGUGUCCACUAAUCAGAGCCUGGGCUGUAAGACACAACAGCUUACUAACAUUUCAGGCUGACAGUCAGGAGCAGAAUACUAACAUUUAGUUUAACCCCCCUGUCAACCUGCUGUUGAUUUAAGUAGUUAAAUGAACAAAUCUUGCAAAUGUUUAUGUGUUUUACCUGCAAAAUGACUUCAGCCUUAAAUUCUAACUGUGGAUGUAGUUAAAUAUUGUCAUUAAUGUUAAAUGUGUGCAUUCUCAGCGCAGAAGUGAAUUAAGAUAAAUAAUUGUAGCAAAUUGGUCUGACUCUAAAAACCAUCUGACACACACACACUCUGAGUACACACAGAUAUAACACACACGAUAAAAUGUGUGAUUGAAGAUGUUUUCCUAAAGAGCACAAACUGUGUGUAAUCUCUGUAAUCUGUGUUCAUUUCCCUCUCUCAGUGCCAGUGUGGUGAGCACAGAGGAGAUGGACAGGCAGCAGCCCACCUCCCCCGAAGAGAAAAAGGUAAACGUCUCAUUAUGAUCUCUUCUCUCCCUCUCUCUCAUCCUUUCACUCAAGUUUUUCAGACUGAGCCAAAGCUCGACACCUAGAGGACCUCUGUAGUCCUGAAGUUAAAGCAUUCAUGAGCUCCUCGAGGGCUGCUGCUGGGGCUGGUUUUGUUGUUGUUGUGAUUAUAAACGAGUAUAAAGGAUUAUCAUCUGCACUAGCUAGGAAUGAUGCUAGACAUGUAACACAUGAAUUCAUGGUUUGCUCUGCAGGCCUACAUGCAUUGUCACAUGAAUAUUGUUUCAUGCAACAAUAUUUAACAAUAGUAGAUAGUCAAAAGUUGUCUUGAAAUUUUCAAAUAGGUUUAUGUUCCAUAUAUUUUUAAGGUUAAGAUGCACCUUCAUGUGUAAAAUAUGGAUGUGUCUCUGACGUCACCCAUUAAACUCUGAAGAGACGUUUGAAGCUCAAAGAUGACAGAUGGAAAAUGCCGACUCAACCUACAUUUCCUGUAUAACCGCUUCAGUUCAUCACAAAUGUCUUUGUUGUCUCCCUCAGACUCCCACUCUCAGACACUUCACGUCCUCGGACUCUCUGAGAACGUAUGAAAACCGGCCAAAUAACCACAUGAGGUCUCUGAACAGGCUGCCGCCCAAGAGGUUCAGGUACAGUAGAUGGAGUUUCUUUGUAGCUUAAAAGACUAGAACAUCAGCAUGUAAGUAGUGAUAUGUAAACAGUGUGGAAUUGUCAAAUUAUAAGGAUUAUAAACCAAAUGAACAUACAGAACAUAUAGUAUUUGACCUUCUGAAAGGACAUUGGUGCCUCAUCUAUGAGAGGCGUGAGCAAGGGAGACAGUUCUGCACACGUCACUUUUUAUUAACAGGAGAAGAAACCUGCAGAGCAUGUUUCAGAUACUGCAGGUUAUAAGACAUGGUGGGCCGGAAGCAACACAAGGUUAUCUAGUUAGUUGGGGAACUGACUUGGGUGACAAAAGUGUACUUGGUGGUCCACCCAGGUAUCGUCUGUUUGUGGGAAACACCUCCAUAGUUUUUUUCAUCAGGUGGAUUUGUGUUAAUUUUUCUGUGUGUCAGGUUAAACCUCUCAAGGUGUAACUUUAUGAUACUUUUAAGUUUAUUUUCUAUAUUUUAAUCUGCUUUGUGAUGAUAUGAGGAGCUGAUAUUUACAGAUAGUGUCUUUACUCUUCUGUUUGUUUACAUCCCUUUGAAGCGGUUAUAAAAGUGUUGAAUCCUCCCUGUUGUUUCCCACCUGCAGCGAGGUUCCUCUCACAGUAGCAACAUCCUCCCCCAUGCCCAACAGAACCAACUAUUUUAUCAUCAGUCCUACGCCUUCACAAGGAAUCGUUUUACAAGGGCGACACUUUCAGCACGCACAGAUUCCCUCUGCGACAAGGAAACCGGUCCAAAGGUAAGACGCAGAGUUCAGGAUUGUCCUGACUGCCCUUGUGGGUUUCCUUUUUUUAUUUUGUGUUUCUUUAACGCGUUUGAGAUUUAAAAGGCUGAUUGUGUUUAAGUGUCAUCAUACUUUCUCUUAAUGCUGUACAUCAUAGAGUCAGUGUCUGCUGUUAUUUCUGCUGUGAUACUAUAACACAUACCCUGUUUGCUCACUGCAUACGUGCUACAUAAACAGUUUAGUGUGCUCAUAAAAUCAAACUCCCUCUUCAUUCUGGAGGAUUUUAUACCACUGAGAACAUUUUUAUUUCUGAUAUAUCGGUAUUUUUCUAUUUUGACAUUUCUAUAUUGGGAUUUGAAAAUACAGGAAUUUAUACAAAACAUUUCAAAUUUUCAAUAGCUCAGUUUGACUUUUGUUUAAUUAUUUGGAACUUAACCAGAUCCUUUCUUACCUUUACCACUCUGUGUCCAGCUCUCUGAUAGGCCAUGGCACCUGUGUGGUUGAUACAUAAUAACGUAUAUAAACACAAAUUCCACCAAUGCUGUUGUGUGGCCAUUAAUAAAAUGAUUCUGAUUCUGAUAAGAUGAUAAAGGAGGAUGAUGCAUAAUAAAAUUUAAUAACACUUGCAAUGGACCUGUUUAAAUACAGGAAUGGGUAUUGUUGAGGACCUCACAGUUUAGUUUUAUUUCAGUUCAGUUUAUGAUUUCAGUUUAAAGCAUGUUUAUAUAUAUACAUAUAUAUAUAAAUAUAUAUGUAUAUAUAUAUAUGUAUAUAUAUAUAUAUAUAUAUAUAUAUAUAUAUACACACACACAUACAUAUGAGGUCAGAUUCAGGAUCAAAUGAGCGCACUGGCCUGGGUUCUCCUGGAGCACUCGCCAUGUUUUGGUGUUUUUCUACCUCUGCAUCUGUCUGCACCCUCCCCUCAUUAUUAAAGCUAAAAAUACCAACAUAUGGGCUCUUUGAAUGGAAAUAGAGGUGUGAAAUUAACUCGGGUUCAUUAUUAGUGUGCUGUUCUAUGCUGCAGUCUGCUGGGGAGGCAGUAUCAAACACUAAGAUGCGAAGCAUCUGAACAAACUGAUUAAAAAGGCUGGUCCUGUGGUUGGAAUCAAGUUGGACUCAUGGAGAUUGUGGUGGAGAAAUGUACACUGAGGGAGGUGGAGUCUAUUCUUAAGAACAUGGAUCACCCACUUCACAACACCUUAAUGGACCAAAGGGCCAAUGGUGGUGGACAGCUCCUCUCUCUUCGCUGCAGGACAGAAAGAUUUAAAAGAUCUUUUGUACCAACAGCCAUCAGGCUUUACAAUUCUUCUAAAAAUAGUAGAUGACUUUUUGAGACAUGAGGAAUGAGACGACAGACAAUUGAAUUUCCCUUCAGGGAUCAAUAAAGUUAUUCUCCUUAUUCUUAUUGAAUUCAUGCUGUUUAGUUUUGGUGCAGAGAAGAGUGAUUUAGAUGAAGAAGCAGAUUGUAAAAAGGACUUAAAGCAAAUGAGUUGAUAAAUUGUGUUUUCUUUCAUUUUAAUCUUCAAGCAGCCUUGAUUUGAAGGAAAGGUAAGAGUCUGAACUGACUCAGUCAUGUUUCAUGCUCCAUACUUGUCAACAUCUUUUACAAUCAUCCACACAGAUAUUGUUUUAAAGGCGACAUUAAGCAAUGAUUAAAACACUAACCUUGCUGUUUGUGCUGCGGUCAGUGAGUGUUUGGUGUUUUCAGCAGUUUAGACUUCUUACUUAUCUCUACAGCCUGGCUGAUGAUUUGCCAGCCUCCACUCUAUUUUUACACGCAGUGGUCCUCAUCCCUGUGAUCUUACACUUCAUGCAUCUGCUCAUCGACCUUUGACCCAGAUUUGUAGAGUGUAUCUACACCAUAACUCCCAUUAUCUGCAUGCCAUCACAACAGCGAACACAACAACAGCUCGUUACGGCUUUUAGUUUUUAAACGCCUUCACUCAAAAGCUGAUCGGCUGUGAGGGUGAAUACUUUCUUCAUAAACCCUGAAAGUUAGAGAGAGACUGAUUAAUUGGUGAAGCUGUUGGAAGACAUUGGAAUGAACUGGAUCGGUUUAUGAUUAAAGAAUAAAGCAGUAAUACCUGCAAAGGCUGCAGAGAGCCUUGUCAGUGUGGCAUAGGAGAGAACAUUGUUUUUUUUUUUGUUUUGUUCACUUAGAUUUGUAAAUUGGCCUGUGACAGAGUAGAAAAUCAACAAUAAUAUUUCAAAGACCUUUUAGCCUGGUGCACUCUGCUAUAAAUGUUCGCCUGAAUUCCCUUAGUCAUCAUCUGACCAUCUAAACAGGGUUCCUACACUGUUGGAAUUUCCAUACUUUUCCAUACCUUAAUUUUUAGAAGUAUUAUUUUAGAAAACAGUGUUUUAGAACUAUGGUAAUAGUCUGGUAACAUAAAUAUUUUCCCAUACUUUAUUUUUCAUUUUCCAUACUUUUUAGGACCUGGAAAUAAUAAUAAUAAUAAUAAUAAUAAUUUUAGUACAUUUUAUAUACUUUUACAAAUGCUUACAGACAUUUUACAAGAAACACAAUUUAAAAUGCAGAAAAUUUGGAGUAAUAAGACCAACAGUGUAAAAGGUUAAAAAAGACAUAAUAUGAAAAUUCAAUAAAAGAACAGUUCACAGAUUAAAGCCAAUGUAAAAAUGUGUGUUUUUAGGAGUGAUUUGAACGUAUGGGGGUCUGAAGAGUCUCUGAUGGGUUUGGGGAGUGAAUUCCAGAGGGUGGGGGCGGCAGCGAAGAAGGCUCUGUCCCCCCAAGUAAAUUGAUCAAAUUGAUUCCAUACUUGUGUGGGAACUCUGUCUAAAUGAUCCCACAUUUCUUUGUCCUUCAUGAUAGAAUUCAAAAUCCUACUUUCAUUUGUGUUUUAAUUACAGGUUCAUAAAUAUAAAGAGGGAUUUCCCCAUCCUUUUUCCUAGUUUAGAAUCUAAAACCUUGAGAACUUACUGAUCCCUGUAAGUUGUGCGUUCAGCAGCACCUGCGGCUCAGAGAAACCUGCUUCCAGCUGCUGUUAAAGAUAAAAACAUGUUUUUUUCCCCGGUUCUUUCUCUCACCGCUCUGUUUCUCUCCUGCAGAAAUGAUUUCACCAACACGCAGCAAGCUGUAGAGUUGGACAGCAUCGUCCUCACCUGUCCAGAGAUCCCAGGUACACCUCACCGCUCCGCUAACUCUCCACACUGAAGAUUUCAUGAGUAUUGAUUUUAGACACUCUGAGGUCCAUUUGAGAUAAAAUGAUGAUACUUUUUUAGUGUUUGACAACCUCUGUGAGAACAUCAGUAAUCCUUAAAUGAAUGGAUUAAAGGUGAAAUCAAAUCAUCGAUCUGAAGGAAGUUUUACUGUUUGGUCUUACAGGUGAGGAGGGUCUGAACAUUAAACGUCGUGUCCAGCAGAAGAGGAAACCGUUAGAGGACUGCUGUAGUUUUCCAUACCAGGUCAAAGCAGCAGAGGUAAGAGAAGAGACUGAACUUCAUUACCCAGAAAUCAUGUCAGACUUUGAGAGCAUGCAAAACCUGGAAAUAUGAAUGAAUCCUCAGAGAUCUAGUUUUAUCAGACUGCUGUUUGAAUUUCUCUGCUGCUGCUCUCUGUCGUGUCUCUGCUACAGGAUCCUCAGUUAGAAUCUCAGCACACAGACAGCUGCUGUAAAUUUAGGGUUUAAUCCAGACGCUUUAACUCAGUGCUUCUCAACUUUGUUAGCACCUUUACUCACUUAAAUGUCAGAACUCUGAAUCUGCUGAACCUACAACAACUCAAAUAAAUCAAAAUCUUUUUCAUGAUUAAAAAUGAGCGAAGUAGCCAAAGAAAUCUGUGCACCUGCAGCAUCAUAAAAAGACAAUGUCAUGAGGAAAAGGGUGCAGAGGGACUUUAAGAGUUGCUUUAACUUCAUGCACACAAAUACAAAUAUGUUCUUACAUAAAGAAAAAAAUAGUUUUAGAGAAAGUGUUAAAAAGAAGACAUUUUUUAAGCGAGAAGCUGAAAAUGUCGAACUCACACAGAGCGGCUCCGACUUUGGACCGUUCAGCUGAAUGUCACCGUGACUUUUCCUCAAAUGCUCACAAGAAACUGUCAUCACUGCCCCCAUGAGAGGGAAGCUUCAGCUCUCCCAGGUUUUUUCUUUGCAGUGUCGAGCCAAAUGCUUGCAGACUUUUCACCAAGCAGUGGUGCCCAAUCCUGUUUUGUUUACCUGUUGUUUCAGGGUCCCUGUUUUCCCUGUGUGACUUUCAGUAAAGAUAGCAAAGAUGCAAAAGAUCUCACUCUGCAUCACUUUAACUCUGGAACAAAAUCUUAGAAACAUGCGACGACAUCUUCAACGACUUAUAGACUCCUUUAUGAAUUUAGUAGUCGCACCCAUAAUGUUUGUCUGUGAUGGACCCGUCAGCUACAGAAACAGACUUUCAGUGAUUUAUCGUUUGUCAGAAAAAUCCUUGAAUUCAGCUCUGAAGAGUGUUUUUCACCUGCAGCCUCCUCGACCGACCACCUACCAGUCAGUCUGCAUGAAGUGCAACAAGCCGAGCGAGGACAGCAGUCAGUGUCAGACCUGCGGGAACGGCACCUCGCUGCUGCCCUGUCAGCAGGCCACACUGUCGUCCCCCACCCCCAGACCCCCCAUCAGAUCCCAGCCCUCCCCCGGACUAAACAGUCAGCCGCAGAACUUCUACAAACCGGCCACAACCAUGAGGGCGCCCCGCGGGGAGACGACUCUACCAAUCCGGAUCACAAGCAUCAGAGGAGCGCUGCCGCCUCUGAACAACGGCAGGUCGCCUCUGUUAGCCGGGACAUCGAGCUGCUGCAGCGCCAGAAACCCACCUAAAGGGAAGAGGACGGCGGCCCAGAGGCACGAACUCAACGACCCCAGUGAGUAAAAAAAAGAAGGAAAAUGUCAAACUCAACAUCCGCCUAGAAGAAGUUUAAUGUGUAUUAGAAAGAUCUCAACUCUCUGCUGUUCUUCCUCCAGUCGUCCUGUCCAGCGAUGAGGAAGAGGAGGCCGACAACGCCAGCACAGGGAGUGUAAACAGACUGGACAGUGUUUCCCCUCGACCCGCAGACUCAGCUCACUCCUCACCGGCGCCGUCUGGAGGCCGAGUGGAGGCUGCAGUGAAGAGCCCCGGGGAGCAGGAGGAGCUGGGAACUGAAUUCUUUGAAGACGUUAACAUGAAGAUCACGAUACCCCGGAGAGCACGGAUGAAGGACCAGGUGAGGACCAACUGACCCUAAACUAACUCCAGAAGGAUGAUAGAUAUCUGUCCAAAAACUGAAACCAAUCCUCCUCAGUUUACUGUCUUUACGGUGGACUGUGUUCCUCCUGCUUUUGCUCUCCAUACAGAAUAUUUUUUCCUGCUGACACCUGAUUGGCUAAUCAGACGACAGUUUUACAGAGCUCAGGAUCAAACUAUCUCAGCCUUACACAUCCUGUCGAGGGAUAAUAAGAGAACUAAAUCGAACUUGGUCAGAACUUGAAGGCUUCUUUGAUUACUUGAUCUUUUUACAUGCAGAGGUAUUAAACAAAAUCAGCUGAUGGGGUGUUUGUGUUGCAGAGUCAGUGUGGCUGAAGUCCAGUGAAAAGACUUUUCAAUCUUGAGUGAAACAGGAGUCUUUUUCUCCCUUUAAUCAAAACUUAGAGACAUAAAAUCAAAUGAGGCCUGUUUUGUUUAAUGGAGCUUUUUAUUGAGAGCGCGCUCACUUUCUUAACUGCUCCUGUUUUUAGUGUUCGGUCUUAUUCAUCCCUUACUGCUGAGCCACACAGGAGCAGAGUCCUGAAUGUGAUCAGCUGUGAUAUGAAAAAACCUACCCAAAAAACGGCUGAUCUUUCUGGUCCCUGAAGUCAAUUCUGUAUUUUCUUAUUUUACAGUUUGGAAAUCAGCCUCCUGAGCAGUUUCCUCCGAGGACGAAGAAGCCCAAAAUACUGCCCAACAAGUGCACCAGCAUCAUCCUGGAGUGUCGCAGUGUGAGGAUAGGAACUCUACGCAGGAUGGUGACGAAGCCUGUUGUGGUGAGUGCUUUGUUUUAUUACAUAUUUAAAUGUGACAGACAGAGGGACUCUUGUUGAACUUUGGUCUGGAUUUUGCACAUUCGUACUUUGCAGAUUUCAGAGAUAAAUCCUGUCCUGAUCCAGUGAUUCGAUGGUUCACUUUGCACCGUGCACUUUUUUAACCCUGAGGGUCCCGUUUGUUUGAUUAGUGUAGGUGCUCGGUAUUGUGCUUAGGUAUGGCACACUUCACUGGCCCUGAUACUUUUAGAGGGAGGGGCUUCUUUAUGGUGCAGGUACUCACACAUGAGCACAAGAGUCAAGAUUCAGUAACACUUUACUUGACGCCUAUCUGUAUAACGCAUUAAUAAUAAAUAUAAUAAAUAUAAUCAUGUCAUAGCACUGUACCAUUAUAAACACUCAUAAAUCAUCAUAAUGAUUUAUAGCAAUAAUCAUAACACACUAUAAAGCAAUUUAUCAUGACUUACAAGGUCAGGUAUUAUAAUGUGUUAUGCUUAUUGUUAUGAAGCCUUAUGAUAAUUAAUUAGUGUUUAUAAUGAUAGUUAUACAUAGUUAUACAAGUUUAUAAGCAAAUUAUAACACAUAUAAAUAUAUGUAUAACGCAUUAUCUAUGUGGGCAUUGUUAGUGAGUUGUUAACAAUUAUAACACAUUAUAAUACCUGACCUUGUAAGUCAUGGUAAAAUGCUUUAUAAUGUGUUAUUAUUAUUGCUAUAAAGCAUUAAGAUCAUCUAUGAGUGUUUAUAACUAUAGUUAUACAGUGCCAUAAUGUGAUUAUAACGCAUUAUACAUAUAUUUAUAAUUUGUGAUAGAGAUAGGCAUCAAGUAAAGUUUUACCAGAGAUUCAAUACAUAAAUGUCAUUUUGAUGUAAGCGACUGGUGACAAAAAAAAGAAAAAUAAGAUGAUUUAAUAUUUAAACAACAUUAUUAGCAUUUCUAGAAAAAUCUACACAUCAGUAAAAAAAAAACUUCAUAAAUAGAAGAAAAAUAAUGACUCUUUGUAUCUUUUCAGUUUUCCAUCGACAACAUCCAGCUGGAAACUGAAGGUAAGCACCACCAAAAACAUGUUUAUCUAUUAAAACAGACUGCAGCGUUGUAGAAGCACAUGUCGGCUGACUGAGAUGGUCUGCAGACAUUAUUUCAGUCCCACCUGUUCCUGCAGAGUUUUUCAUCACUGAACCUGUUGUGCAUGGGGUUUGCAGGCUCUGAGCAUGGGACCAUCGAGAAGGUGUGUCUCCAGGCGUCGGGGCUGAUCAGCUGUGAGUGGUGCAGUGUGCGGAAACUUCCGGUUUUGUUUUUCCAAACAACUCCUGAGGAGUGUGCUCGUCUACGUGAGCAGCUCAAGAUGUCCCAGGAGAAGGGAGGACAGUGGUACGACUGUGUAGGAGACCGUAAGUAUAUUACACCGCCAAUCUGAAACAGAUGCAGCACAUGCAUUCAGAAACAGUGCUUCAGUUGUGCUUCAAACAUUUCAGAAAAGAGAUUAUUCAUCUAUUAAGGAUAUUUAAAAUCCUCAAUCUGCUCCUCUGUUCUGUUUCCUUCAGAGUCGGAUGAGAAGUACAUCGUUCUGAUCUUCGAGAACGGCCUCGCGAUGAAGGAGCAGACGAUCCUGGAGGACAUCCUGGGAGAGAUCGGCAGGACGAACAACCUGAGCGACUUCCCCUCCAAGCUGACCUUCGAGGAGGCCAACAUCCGACUGGUCAACUACAACAAGGCGUCCAAACAGAAGGAGGAGAAGGUGAGCUUAGAGAGCAGUCAUUUUUUCUGGUUUUGAUCUUUAAUCUGCUGCAUUAAAAAAAAGAAAUCUCACCCCAGAGUUUGACUGUGGAGGUGUUAGAUUUGUUUUUACUUGAAUAGUUACAUGAAAAACAUGUUUUGAUAUUUUAAACUCUUGCAUAUUUUCGAGCUCAGGAGUUGAAGGUCUGUAGUUAAAUGUUUUUCUUCUUCUCACACACACACACCUGUUCCUCUUCGCAGGAGAAGAUCCAAGCCUCUCCUAAAGUUACUCACGUUACAUCCCUGGUCACUAAAGUCACACCUGUGACCCCCGUGACCCCGGUCACCAUCGCUACCCGCACACGGAUGGCCACCCGCCAGCAGACCAGCACUUUCGAGGAAGACGAGGAGGAGGACAUGACGGACCUCCAACCCACCUUCUCUGGACCAAUCAUUAAGUGAGAGACUCUUGAGUAAAGCGAUGAGUUUUCUGACAGAUCCACAGACGGCUUUAACGCUCCUGCUGUUGUUCUCCUUCCAGAUUGAUGGUGUAUCCUCCUCCUCCAGCCAAAGGAGGCAUAUCAGUUACCAACGAAGACCUCCACUGCCUUAACGAUGGAGAGUUCCUCAACGACGUUAUCAUAGACUUUUAUUUAAAGUGAGUAAGAGCGUCAUUUACAGCUGAAAAGAGUUUAUCUCUCUGCUCUUUAACCCUGAAAUCUUCCAUUCUUCUUUUAUUUUUUUAGAUAUUUAGUUUUAGAGAAAUUGAAAAAAGAAGAUGCACAAAGAAUCCACAUCUUCAGCUCCUUCUUUUAUAAAAGGCUGAACCAGAGAGAGCGGAGGAACGUUCCGGACACGGCCAACCUGCCGUGAGUCUCACACAGAGGAUGCUUCACCUUCAGAUGAGAGUUUUGUUGUUGUUUUGGUCAGAAACACUUUAACUUCUUAUAUUUUGUUUGCAGAAUCCAGAAAAGGAAGCACAACAGGGUAAAGACGUGGACUCGGCAUGUGGAUUUAUUCCAGAAGGACUUCAUUUUCGUUCCCAUUAACGAGUUGUGAGUCUUUUUCUCUUAUGUUGCUUAUUUUAACCCUCAUCCUCCUCUGACACUUCAGCUUUAAACCAAUCUGAUCUUCUCCUUUAUCCAUCAGAGCUCACUGGUACUUAGCGGUCAUCUGCUUCCCGGGUCUGAUGGGUCCAGUUUAUGAGCAGAACCUGCUCUACCAGGGCCAGUUCCCGGCCUCCUCCUCGGGCACGGACUCCCCAUCAGAAGAAAACUUCCCGGAUCACUGUCGUCCUCUGUCCCCUGAGGGAGACGGUCUGGACAGCUCCUCUGAUGAACCCCCGCCCGGCGUCCUUCAGGGGUCAUCAGAGGGUCAGUCUGACGGUGACCUCGCUAAGGAGAGUUCAGCCUUCACAGGGAUCGGAGAGAAAUCAAACACCCCCACGGCGUCAGGUAACGGACAGGCGGACACAGAAACGCAGUUUACCAGUGAGUCCAUCAUCUCUGUAAAUGUAUUAUUGCUUAUUAUUAAGGAACUACAAACCGACAUGAGACCAACUUUUCAGGCAUCAAUGACAUUAGAGACAAACACGAAACUUCAUCACAGUUACAGCAACAGUGCUCAGCAUAAGUCAGUACACCCCCUAUUAAAAGAAAUGUAUUACUCAAUAUUUAGAUGAGCAAAAGUAAAAUUUCCAAUUUUUUUGACAAAGCCGGUUUUACAUAACAUUUUAUUUACCAUAAGAUGAACAUAAGGGUGAUUUGGUAACUAAAAUUUAGCUUUGCUCCCAGAACUUUGAUUGGGGUUUCCAGACUAUAAGUCGCUCCGGAGUGUAAGUCACACCAGCCGAAAAAUGCAUAAUGAAGAAGAAAAAACAUACACCGGUAUAAGUCACAUUUUUGGGGGAAAUUUAUAUGGUACUGAUUUUUGCAUCCUGAUUGUGAAAAAAUCUGAAAAAAAUAAUAUAGAAAAUUUGAAAAAAAUACUUUUUUGUAUGCAACUUAAAAAAUCUUGUUUGCAAUCAGUGGCCUAUGUUUGGGAGAGUAUUUUGUUGUAUAGUCUGACAUAUAAAAUGUUGAUUCUAAAGGAAACUAAAGGUUCUCAGACAACUCUAAAGGGGUGUACUCAUUUAUGCCGAGCACUGUACAUUAAUAUUGAGUGUAACAUAAAAUCAGACACUUUAAUCUGCUGCUUAAGUCUACAAAAAAGGAAAAUAUACACCAGAAACAGCUGAACAAAUCAUAAAUUGUGCCCAGUGAUGCAAAAACAGCUGAUUUUUAUGAGACACCAUCCUCUUUGGGGAUAACUAAAGUUCUUGUGUUGUUUUGUACUUCUGUCAGUUUUUUCUGCAAAUUAUCCCUCUUUGUAACUACAAACAUGCAGAUUAUGAUGAAGACAGAACCAGCCAACAUCUGAAACGUUGUGAAAUGUUUCAGACUUGAGUGUUUUUAUGGUGUUUUUUAUGUGUCUGGUGAUUUUCAGGUGAGCUGCACAGAAUCAGUGUUUGCUACAGUUCAAAAAGAGACGACGACACCUUCACUUUCUCUGACGACCAGAGCUCCUGUCACGUACGUUACCCUCCUCACUUGUUUGUUUUGUUCACAUUUUUUAAUUAGUUAACUACCCAGUAAAGACCUCACUAAUAUCGACAGACUAUUAAUGAGUGUUUUUAUUUGCUACAGGACGAGUGCAGUGAGGACGGGACUCUUGCUGAGGACGCCGCCAGCUCUGACCCGGCUGCUCUGGCCUCCAAACAAAACCUCUGCAGACAGUAAGUUCAUGCGCUUCUGCAUCUUGACCUGCAGGUGGCGGUGCUGCUCACCUGAAAGAAACACAGCACAGUAAAGAUCAUUAAAAGCACUCUGUUGUGAUGACAAUGGUGAACUCCUGUUGCUCCCUUCCUUCCUGCAGGCCUUGUAUCCUCAUCAUGGACUCGCUGCGAGGCCCGGCUCGGUCCACUGUGGUCAAAACUCUCAGAGAGUAAGUGUUUAUGUUCGGUUUUGUCUGAUCUAAGAGGUAAGUUAGACCAGUUUACGACAAAGGAUUACAGCCAUAAUUCUCUGCAAAGUUUCACAUUUUCAGCUCCGUCUGAGAAGUGUUUGGGCUCACGCAGGGAUGACUUUAACUUAGAUGAAAAUAAUCACCAUAGCUCUGUACUGCACAUCAGUUUCAUGCUGAUUCGUGCUUUGUUCAUGCAUCAAAUCAAUGACAUUUAGUCUUAAGAGAGAGACGACAAACUCAAUAAAGAAGGUAAAUAAACAUGCGUCUCAAUAAAGAAGGAUACUGUGAAAAUGUUUUAAUUGUAAUCAGUUAUUUAGAAAUAUAAAAAUGUAACAUAGUCUAGACUCAUUACAAAUUAAAAUGUUUCAAAUGUUUUUCUGUUUUUAUGUUGUUAGUUAUUAAAAAAUGUAAAAACAUAUUUAAAAUAUGAGAAUCUUCAUUCAGAACAUGCAGCUAUAAUCAUGGUGCAGAGGAUGAUCAUGGUACUUCCCCACAAAGAGGGUCAGCCACUGCUGGAAGUUUGGUUGUUUAGAGUCUUUAUGAAGCAGAUUCAUGGACUGAAGGGGAAAGUGAGGGAGGAAAAGGAGACCAAGAAACAAGGAUGAGAGGAUUUUCAAGAAAGUAACAUUGAUUUAAGAACUCAGUGGAGCGUCACAAGGACUGGACUGAGGCUGGAGUCAGAGCAUCAAGAGUCUCUGCACACAAAUGAGUCCAGGAAAUGGACUGCAAGUGUUCCUGCUGUCAAGAUCCUUAUGAACCAAAGACAACCUCAUAAGAGUCUCACCUGCGCUAAGAAGACAAAGAACUGGACUUUUGUUCAGUGAAUCAAAAUCCUGUUUUCACCUAAGAGUCAAUCAGACCCAGAAUUCAAGGUGUUUGAAAUCCAGCAUGAAGUUUUUCACAGCCUGUGAUGGUUUGAGGUGCCAUGUCAUCUCCUGUUGUUGGUCUACUGUGAUUUAUUAAGUCAAGAUUCAGCUCAGCCUUAAGUCUUCUUGGAGGUCCUAGAGACCUUCACUUUGUCUGUUCAAAUGUGUAUGUUGAAAAAGUUUGACCUUUUUGAGUCAAAAUUAACCAAAAAAAAAAAUAAAAAUUCAGAUCUUGAAUUAUUUGAAAUGCACCUUUAAAUGCUGGCUUGGGACUGAGUGUGUGUUUGUUUUAGGUACCUGGAGGUGGAGUGGGAGGUGCGUAAAGGGACUCAGAGGAGUUUUGGGAAGGAUGUGAUGAAGGGCUCGAGCCCACGUGUGCCUCAGCAGGAUAACUUCAGUGACUGUGGAGUCUACAUCCUGCAGUAUGUGGAGAGCUUCUUCGAGGUGAGAACGGGAGACUUAAAUUCAACAUGCUCGCCUUUCGAAACACAAAUAUGACGUUUUAUUUGCUCUUAACUUCCCUAUAUCCACCCUUUCUUUUGCCGCAAAAGCUUCUAUAUCACCCAUUUAUCCACUAAUAUUCAUUUUGUCAUUUAAAGUAUUUCUUUUGUCAUAUUUUUGAGUGGUUCACAGCUGUUUCUUUUAACGAUGAGGCCUGUCUGCAGGAAUGAGGAUGUAAUUUGUGGCAUAAUUGUUGUAUUUUCCAUUUACCCUAUUUACUCUGUUGCUCAUAGUGAGAGAAGAACUGAUGGUCUUUGUUUCAUUUGUUUCGAUAUCAGUGAGAAGAAGUGCGGCUUUAUCACUCUUUGAUUUUAGAAAGUUGCAGGAAAAACAGGAUUUGAUUUCCUGCAGGCAACAAGAAGUAAACAGAUGAUAACAUAAGAGGCCCCAGGAUAGGGCCCUGAGGAACACCAGCAGUGACAGGAACAGGCUUGGAAUAACAAUUUUGUAAUCUCUUUUUGCAGAAUCCGAUUCCCAGUUUUCACCUGCCUGUAAACCUAUCGGAGUGGUUUCCUCAGCAGAGGAUGAAGACGAAGCGUGAGGAAAUCAAGACCCUGAUCCUGAAUAUUAAAGAGCAACAAGAACUAGAGAAGAAAGAGUCUGACCAGGUGGAGCCUCCAGUCGGCUCUUCUGAGGAGCCUGAGAUAGAAGAGACUUCUGGGUCCACGGACUGGCCUUCAAACUUUCCCAUCAGCCCUUGA